AUGUCCAGCGAAAGUUUAGAAAUGAUAUUGGAAAAUGGAAUCGGGAAUCCGGAUUCUUCCAAUACAUCGGAAGAUGUUCCACAUGAAAUUGGAACGGAAAGCAAAUCAACGAAUGCACCGUAUUACGUCGUCAUAAUUGCAAGUAUUCUACUGACAAUUACUGUUAUGAGUAUAGCCAUCGUAAUUGUUUGUUUAAAUUCACCAAAAUCUCAUUACACUUGUCAAUCGAAUUUCCGAGCCAUCAGUGGUAGUAACUCUUUAUUACAUGAUUCUUAUCCACAGUCAAUUGCUGCGGGAGAUUUAAAUCAUGACAAUACACUAGAUAUUGUGGUGGUCAAUUCUGGUACGAAUUCGAUUGGAAUAUUUCUUAAUUAUGGCAAUGAAACGUUUGGAUCCCAAAUCAUUGUGCUAACAGGAGACCCAUCGACGCCACUAGCAGUCAGUCUAAACGAUCUGAAUAACGACACACAUUUAGACAUGGCCGUCGCUAAUUACGAUACGCAUGCAAUCGAAAUUUUCUUUGGACUUGGAAAUGGAUCGUUCAACAAACAAGGAGUAUUUUCCACUGGUAUUUCUCGUCCAGUAUCAUUAGCUAUUGGCGAUUUGAAUGAUGAUGGUCGAUCAGAUCUUGUUGUUGUAAACAAUGGUACACAUGAUAUAAGUAUAUUUUUUGGUAAUGGCGAUGGAACAUUCAGCAAUUUAGUUCGUUAUUCGACUGGCUAUGAUUCGUUUCCUUACUUUGUUGCUAUUAGUGAUUUGAAUGAUGACCAAAACCAAGAUAUUGUUGUGGCUAAUUACGGUACGCACAAUAUUGGAAUCUUUCUUGGCGACGGUCGAGGAGAUUUUGCAUCACAAAAGACGUAUUCGACGGGUCUAUAUUCCUAUCCGUGUUCGAUUACCAUCCAUGAUUUUAGUAAUGAUGGAAAACUAGACAUUGCGGUAGCGAACUCGGGUAAAAACAAUAUUGGUGUAUUUUUCGGUUGUGGUGAUGGCAGUUUUGGGUCACAAAUAACCUAUCCGACGAGUUCUGGAAUAGGACCAAAGUCCAUUUCAGCUGGCGAUUUUGAUCAAGAUGGACAUUUGGAUAUUGUUGUCGCAAACUAUCGAACAGGCAAUAUCGGUAUAUUUAUUGGAUCGGAGAAUGGAAGUUUUCCAUCUUUUGUAAUGCAUUCGACUGGUAUCGAUUCAGCUCCAUUUAGUUUAACUGUUGGAGAUUUUAACAAUGAUGGCCAAGCGGAUGUUGCGAUAGCAAACUACGGUACGAAUGCAAUCGUGGUACUGAUUGGAUACGUUAUGGUACAAGCAGAAGUUCCAACGACCUACUCAGCAGGCAGUGGAGCUAUUCCUUACCAAAUCAUUACAGGCGAUAUAAACAAAGAUACAUAUCUCGAUCUUGUUGUUGCUAAUUCGGGUACGGGCAGUAUUGGUGUAUUUCUCGGUAACGGUGAUGGGAGUUUUCAGGAACAAGUUUCCUACUCGUCUGUUAGCCAAGCGGAUAUACGUGGCAUUGCUCUAGCUGAUUUAGAUCAUGAUCAACAAUUAGACGUUGUACUUACACAUUUCAAUGAUGAAAGCUUGGGUAUUCUGUAUGGGAAUGGCGAUGGAUCGUUUAUGGAUGUCGUGACAUAUUCUGUUGGAAGUCCAGCGUCACCACGAUGUUUGACUGUGAAUGAUUUUAAUAAUGACCAUCAUCCAGAUAUUAUCUACACUGAUCAAAUUACUGGUAAUAUUGGAGUUUUGCUCGGCUACGGUAAUCGAACGUUUGGACCAGUAACGAAAUAUCUGCUCGGAUCGCAAUCACAGUUGAUCGGUAUUGAUGCAGGCGAUUUUAAUCACGAUGGAAAUUUAGAUGUUGCAGUUGCAGAUUAUGGUAUUGGUAAUAUUGGCGUUUUUCUUGGAUCUGGGACAGGUGCUUUCACAUUAGUUAGCCUUUCUGCCACUGGGGAUAAAUCACAUGUAUCAGCUGUGGCUAUCGCUGAUCUAAAUUACGAUUCGAAUCUGGAUUUUGUUGUGGCUAAUUCAGCCACGAAUAGUAUUGGCGUCUUCUUUGGCUUUGGAAAUGGAAGUUUCACCACAGCGCAGUUCUAUUCAACCGGGUUAAGUUCUGGUUCGAUCUGGAUCAGUAUCGCUGACCUUAAUAACGAUGAUUUCCUCGAUUUAGCAGUGGCCAAUCCGUUCGGUAACAACGUCGGUGUGUUUCUCGGAGAUCAUCAUGGAAAUUUUACGAAUCAAUGGACUUAUGUCACUGGUCCUGACUCCAAGCCGUAUUCGAUCACCAUCGGCGAUUACAAUCGAGAUGGUCGAUUAGAUCUGGCUACGGCAAAUUUUGGUUCAAAUAGCAUUGCUAUCUUACUCGGCCAUCCAGCACAAGAUUCUUCGCAUAAUCGAACGCCGAUUUUAUUAGGAAACUACUAUGCAAAUUUUCAAAGUGACACUAGUUAUUCAACAGGUUCUAGUCCUCGUCCAUAUUCGUUUGCCAUUGGCGACCUCAAUAAUGAUGCACAAAUGGAUAUUGUUGUUGCUAAUUCAGGAAGUGAGAAUCUCGGCAUGGCUCUGGGCCAUGACAAUGGAUAUUUUACUUCAAAAAGCCCCUUUCCCAUCGGCACAGGUUCUAAUCCAGGUCAUGUUAUUAUCAAUGAUUUUAAUGGAGACAAUGAGCUGGAUGUUGCUGUUACUGAUGGUAACAAUAACAGUGUUGUAGUACUGUUAGGUAAUGGAAACGCUACAUUUCCGACAAAACUCUUAUAUACGCUCGAUACCAAUUCGAAUCCAACUGCUCUUGCUGUUGGCUACAUGAAUGAAGACAUCUAUUUAGACUUAAUUGUUGCAAAUGAGAAUCAAGGUACAGUGGGCAUAUUCUACGGACUUAAAUAUACACGAUUUACAUGGCAAACUCCAUGUGACGCCGGAAAAGAUUCUAGUCCAGAUGGAUUAGCUAUAGGAGAUUUUAACAACGAUGGUUAUUUAGAUUUAACUGUCUCACUUUACUAUGCAGGAAAAGUCGGCGUGUUUCUCGGCUACGGUAAUGGCUCGUUUGCACCAGUUCAUACCUAUUCUGAAAUACUCCAUUCACAGCCGCGAGCUGUUACGGUCGGUGAUGUGAAUAAUGAUCGACGAUUGGAUAUUAUAGAAGUAAAGCGUGGUCUUAAUAGUAUUGCGAUCGUCCUAGGCUAUGGCAAUGGAAGUUUUGCUGAUCCAGUUCUGUUUUCAAGCGGUACUGAUUCUCGUCCACGUUCGGUUGCUGCUGGCGAUUUUAAUCAAGAUGAUUGUCUCGAUGUGACUGUUGCUAACUACGGCACAAAUACCGUUGGCGUCUUCUUUGGAUAUUGCAACGGAACAUACGAUUCCGUCCUACAAUUAGAUACUGGUAAAAGUUCACGUCCUAAUUCAGUUACACUUUUUGAUGUGAACAAAGAUUCUUAUCCAGAUAUUAUUGUUGCGAAUAGAGGUAUCGAUCAAGUUGGCAUAUUUUUUAGCAACGGUAAUAAAAGUUUUACCGAUCAGUUGAUUCUAUCUACUGGCGAUGCUUCGUCUCCUGUUCAUGCGAUUGCUCGAGAUUUUGACAAUGAUGGCAAAGUCGAUCUGGCCGUUGGAAAUUAUGGUACAUCCACAAUUGUUAUCUUCUAUGGAUUUCACAAUGGCAGUUUCAAUCAUAUUCGUACAUUUUCAACUGGGAGUAAUCUUCAUCCCGAACAAUUGAACGUGGGUGACUUCAAUAAUGACAAUCAGUUGGAUAUAAUUGCCAUUGACUCGAAUAGUAUAUACAUGGGUGUCUUUUUUGGUUAUGCAGAUGGAACAUUUGCCAGUAUAUCAUUGAUACUCGUCGAACAAUCUGCAGCUAUUCCAGGUUUCGUUGCUCUUGGUGACUUUAAUAACGAUGAUUGUUUAGAUAUCGGUUUGGCUGAGUACGGUAAUAAUUAUGUUCAAAUCUAUCUCGCUAAUGGUACGAAACCAUUUACCGGACAAACAACAUCCUACAAUGUCGGUGCAAAUUCUCUUCCGAGUGCAUUAGCUGUCGCAGACUUUAAUAAUGAUAGUUACUUAGAUAUUGCCACUGCCAAUCGUGGUUCGAAUAGUAUUGGUAUAUUCUUAGGUUAUGGGAAACGCUUAUUUUCAAAUGUAACACUCUAUUCCACGGGAAAUGAUUCAUAUCCAGUAUCUCUAGUUACCGACGACUUUAAUAAUGAUUCGAUUAUCGAUAUUAUUGUGGCUAAUACAAUGAGCGAUACGAUUGUUAUAUUUCUCGGUGUAGGAAAUGGUGAAUUUGUUCUUUCACUGAGUUAUUCAAUGGGUGAAAAUUCGAAGCCAGUCUGUCUGGCUGUCGGCGAUUUUAAUCGAGAUUUGAAAAAAGAUCUUGCGGUAGUUAACUAUGGUGCAAACAAUGUUGCUCUUCUUCUUGGUACAAACAAUGGACGUUUUAUUAAUCUAACAUGGUAUCCACUUGGUUAUGAUUCUCGACCGAAUUGGGUUGCUUUUAAAGAUUUAAAUAACGACGGAUGGGAAGAUAUUGCUGUCGUUACUUACUAUGAAGGACUUAUCAAGGUUCUUUUUAAUCAUUGUCCGAACUGA